AUGGCUCCCAAUCAGAAUCUUGGUGUCGAUGGUAACCGGGCAUCCACCAGUGGUGUAUACGAUGUGCCAUUUGGCCUACCUUACCUGCCCUGCGACCAGCCCUUCAACUGUGGUGACACUACCAAACUCGGCGAAGACCAGGAGAGUGUGGGCUGUUACGAGUCAUCACAAAUGACGACUCUUGAAGAUGGCGAAAAGAUGCCACUGUAUGGUGCGCUCAAGGAAGAGUCUGUUCCCAAGCCCAUCUAUGAGGGCUGGGCUUUGCACUGCUCUCAGACGUCCAACCUCAUUGAGAGCGCCAAGAUUUUCGGCAUCAAUGUCUUCACGCGCCACUCUCAUGAGGCUCCUGAAGUGAGCCAGAGCAAGAAGCAGCACACGCAAAGAGAGUUGGCCGACAUGGCACUUCAAGCCGUUCAUUCCCACAAAGCCGCCAACAAACGCUCACUUCCCUUGCGGCUGCUGCGCGGCCCCGCCAAGUCCUACGAGUCUGGUCUUGACAAGCGCCUCACAAAGCUGCCCCACCCGGUGCAGGCUAAGCUGAAUGACCUCCUCAAGUCCCGUAGAACCUCUGUCUCUAACCUCUGGUACGGGCGUGAAUGGACCGUCGUCAUGAUGCGGGAGCAGUACCAUUACCACUUCGCAAGCGCCAAAGAUGAGGAAGUCAAGAAGGGUAUCCUGCGCUCACUUUCACGAAAGGGUGCUAACCGAGGCCGACCUAUCGAGUACUUCUUUAUCCUCCGUGGACACAGUGGUGCAGAUGAAGAGAAGCGAUUUCUCUCGGCCACCGACCGCCUCCUCGAAGGCUCCACAGGCUCUCAAGAGCAUGAAAAGGAGGAAGAACUUACCAAGAACAUGAUGCCGUGCCCAUUUUUGGCCUACGAACCUGAGAACCAACAAGGUCAAGUAUUCUCUCGCGGCCCAUCUGAGCCACAGUGCACCACCAAGAAUGCUACCACCACCAACGACCAGCUACACGCUAUCGACCACUUCGAUCCUAGUACUGCCUACUCUCCAUUAUCAUUUCUCCUCCAACCAUUCGACCCCUUCUUCUCCUACUCCUCGUCCUCCGCCGGCCCGAUCUUGGACGGCCCUGCCGUUCAGCCAGAGGCAACAGUUCUGGCGCCAAGAACUACGGAUCAGCAACUUCCGGCUUACCUGGCGGCACCUACGGAACCCUCCAUUCCCACGGGUGUGUCGAAUGGAAGCUACUACCCAGCCUCAGCAUACGCAUACGAGGACACGCAAAGCUCAGGGUACGCGGCGAGGUCAGCUGGCACAGUGGUUCUAUCCAGCUGGCUGACGCCAGGAGCCCGCGUCGGCCGCUGCAGCAACAAUGGCGGCAACAAUAGCGGCAGCAUUGUUGAUUACAGCGCUGUGCGUCAGGACUAUCGGAACAAGACUGGCGCUUUCACUCCCUGUGGCUUUUCUGGUUGCGAUUCGGUGCCCAUCAUGGCUCCCCUGUUUGACGAACCAACCCUGCCUUCUGAGACGCCCCUGACUAGUACUCUGGCCUCGUCGAUGACUUUCUCGGAUGCCACGGUCGACAGAAUGAGCUCCGACCCUAGCUUCGGUGGUGUGGAAGGGUCAAAGGCUUCAAUAUUCCUGGAUACUCCGAUCUAG